AAACCAGAGCGUCUCGUUCUGUCACUUUGACACUUUUCACACAGCUCCCUGUCCCUCUCUCUCUCUCUCUGUCUUUCACACCCUUGUUCCCUCUCUGUCCCUCCCUCUCUCUCCUGCUUCAGUCUCUUUCUUGUUUCUCCUUUCCUUCCUCCCACUUUUUUCUCUUUAUCUCUCUGCUCCUCUUUAUCUCCCUCACCUUUGUUUUUGUAUCUUUUCUCUGCAAAAUUCUUCCUUUCUCUCUGUAAACACAAGUCCUACACACUCAGCUUUUCUCUCGCUCCUUCUCUCCUCCCUCCCAGCUCCCUCCCAGCUCUCUCUCUCUCUCUCUCUCUCUGUACAUAUGUGUUCUUCUACACUCGUCUCUCUCAGUCUCUCUCAGUUUUAACAAAUGGAUUUGGACGACACCAGGAACGGAGGAGAAGAGCUCGUCCUGAAGAUGGAGCCCGACGUCGAGGCUCCCUCUGUGCGAACGCGGCGGCCUCUGGACAUAAACCACUACGCCACCAAGAAGAGUGCGGCUCAGAGCAUGCUGGACGUGGCUCUGCUCAUGGCCAACUCCUCUCAGCUCAAGACCGUGCUGUAUGUGGGGCCCCAGUAUCGCUUCUACAUCCCCCUCAUCGUCCUCCUGUGUCUGUCCAUCACUCUGCAGGUGCUGGUGGGGCUGCUGCUCGUCUUUAUAGUGAAGUAUGACCUGAACGACAGGAGGAAACACGCCAAACUCGACCGACUGAACAACACUGCUACCGUCUUUGUCUUCUUCACCGUCCUCAUCAACAUCUUCAUCACAGCUCUGGGCUUUGAGAGCUACAGUGUCAGUAUGUCCCACUCGUAACAGUAUGUCCCACCCGUAACGGUCCACUCCUGCUGUGGUCGGGGCUCUGGAAGCUCUUCCUCCUGAACUCAACUUGACUGGAACUUUAUAAGACCUGUUCACGUCUUUGUUUUGUUUAAUUUGAUUUGUUUUUAUUAAUUUUAUUUUAUUGUAUUUUAUUUGUAUUAUUUUGUGUGAAUGGGAAACUUGGGUUGUUUAAGCUUCAUUUCACUUCAGCCAAAUCCAACUCAGAACUAGCCUAUUUUAUUUUGCACAUUUUAUGCAUUUAUAAAGAAUUUGUUAAAUAAAUUUCAAGUAUUUUCCUAAAUAUUUUCUCUUUCCUGUUUUAAAAAAAAAAUAAAUUCAAGACACUAAAGCUGACAGCAACAACUUGCGUGUGCAUGCUGAUGCACACUUACAUUUAUAGAAACUAUAACGUGAUGAGACACUGACAGUAGACCUUUUUCACCAUGUCAGAAGUCGUGCCUGGUGAGGUUGCAGAACUUCCGGUUAAUGCUUUUCUGUGGCAAAAUAUCUGUGGAAAUGUCUCACGUAUUCUCCAGCAGCUUCAUAAAUCUGCCCCAAACCUUCAACCUUCAACCAACAAGCUCCACAAAGGAUAAACAUUCUUCAUGAACAAUUUAUCUAGAACUAUCAAGAGAAGAAAGACCAAAACUUAAAGGAAACAAGGAGCCACAUUAGUCACACACUGAACUAAACUAACGUUAUGAUCAUGAAUAAAACAGAAGUAUAAGUAAUUCAUUAAUAAGUAACUUGUUCACUCAGACUGACUCUAGAAUUAAAAUUAAAAAUCAAUUUCAUGAUGUCAUUAUUAGCACUGACAGGUCCCGUAUUUUUCGGACUAAAAGUGGCACUUUUUUAUGGUUUGGGUGUUUCCUGGGACUUAUACUCCGGUGCGACUUAUAUAUUCAAUUUUUCAGACUGACAGCCGCUAGAGGGCGCUCUAGGCUUGUGUGUCAGUUUUCUACACAUGUCUCAUGCAGAAAAAGCCGCUGUCCUGCUGCAAGUUGUGAAAUCUGCAGCAGAAAAAGAAGUAAUCGAGCAACAGAAAGAAAGUCUGGCGUGAGCGAGAAACUUGUGAGGGACUGGUGGAAAGUGGAGAUGGAGAACACAGCUUCACGGCAACCAGAAGGGUGCACCGUGCCUGGACUUCAGUGACAACCGAAGUUCCACGAAGUUGUUCAGAAGUGACACCGAGGAUGAAGAAUUCAGUGGAUUCAAUGGAUUUAGUGAUGUGGAGUGAGAUGGAGAGUUUGGUAAAGUUAUGUUCUGUUGUUUAUGCUCUAGUUAUCUGAAGAACUAUUAACAUUUGUUCUGUUAACAUUGCAGACGCCUAUUCAGCCUGUUGUUCUUUAUUCUAUUGUUAUUACUAGAACUUGCCUUUCAAGAUAAAAUGUCGGUUCCUGGUCCUUGAAUUUAUAAAAUAAAUUU